AUGGAUAUUCAUGUUCUUCAAAGCCAGCCCGCCCAGAAGGUCGCGUUUAAAGACUCUUCCACGGUUCGUGUGGGUCAUAAUCUUGUUCGCAAUAAGCCACCCACCCAGCCCUCUGCUAUGCGACCCAAGCAUUUGGUCCGCGGCGGGUUCCAGCCGCGCCUUCCGACUUCGCUGCCGCCACCAGGGCAGCAGCAGCAGCCGUCGCCGCUACCACGCCGACAGCCCGUCCCGUUCAUGCCUCCCGCGCAGCUUCAUACGGGAGCGCCCCAGGUGGUCGCUCCGGCGCCUGCGGUCCCUCUUCAGUCGCCACCGCCUUCGGAGCUGAUGGACGUCGACCCCUCAGCCGGGCCGCCUUCCCAAGCGGUGGCUGUGCAGCCUGUCCUGCAGCCGCUUUCCUUGGGCACCCCCAAGGAGUCUGACACCGCAGCGCCUUGUCCGGCGCCCACUCAGCAGCCGUCGACGCAGCGUCAGGAGACGCUGCCUCUCUUCGUGGGUCCCGACGCCCCGUCGCGUCCAGUACCAGAAGCUGCGCCCGUGGUCACAGGCGUGCACCCUGCCCUCGGUUUUCAGGAGCCGCGCCGCUCUCUAGCUGUUCUGUGA